CUUCCUCACCACUCAAAAUAUCUAAAACGUGGAGAAGUUGUUGUAACAUUAUCCCGCGCCGUCGCAAAGUAUUAUGAUUCUGGAGAUGUGUUAUCUAUAAACGAAUUUGAAAAUGCGGAUAAAACGAACAAUGAUCCAUACUAUCUAAUAAAAUUAGUAGACGAGCAAAACCCGAAGAAAGUAAUGGAAUCUUUUACAAAGAUGUGUUUGCUGAAAGCAUCGAAAUUCGAAGAUGAGAUCAUAAUCCAUUUAAAUGGAAACAACGUGUUUCACUUUGAUUAUUAUACUUCUAUUGAUCAAUGUAACAGUACAUCUGUUUUGACAUCACAAACGGUAAAUUUUAAAACUGUUGUUCAAAUAAUUAAGGCUGCGAACGGAGCUAGGCCGAAACUAAAUGGAGCAAUGCCUAUAAGACCAGAUGGGACAGUUGAAAAACCACCAGAAGAAAAAAGCUUUUUACAGAAAUAUUGGUAUGUGUACAUAAAUUCGAUUUAA